UUGAGGUUAUAAGUAUCUGUCAUUGUUACUGCCACUGUCAUCCUUUUUGAAAUUCGAUAACAAUAUUAACUUUUUAUAUAAAUAUCUUUACAUGUAUAAAUUAAUAUUCAGUAAAUAUUGAAACAGUAAAAAUGUCAUCGUCUUUAGAUUCUAUAAUAUUCCUCAUUCUUGUGGCAUUUUUGUGGGGUGUAACCAAUCCAUUUAUUAAAAAAGGAGCUAAAGGUUUAGAAAACGUGAAAUCAUCUUCUAAAUUUUGCCAAUUUUUUAAAGAACUUGCUUUUCUUAUUACAAAUUUAAAGUACAUUAUACCAUUUAUCAUUAAUCAAUGUGGUUCUGUAUUGUAUUUUUUAACUUUGAAUAAAGUAGAUAUAUCACUUGCCAUUCCAGUCACUAAUUCUCUUACUUUUGUAAUAACGGCAAUAACUGGUUGGAUUUUGGGUGAAGAAAAAAUACACAAAAAUACAUACAUGGGAAUGAUAUUGAUUUUGGUUGGAACAGUCCUUUGUUCUUGGGAUAAAAUAGACAAUACUAUACAGCUUUAACCUUUUUAGCAUUUCAUUUUAAAAUGUUUUAUUAGUUGCAAAUAGCAAUUAAAAUUUUAACGGAUUCGUUUGUUUUGUUGUCUUAAAUAAAAUAAUAUUUAUAUUACAAUAAUUAUAUAGAUAUAAUUAUGUUGAUGAGAAUAUAAUCAUAUAUUUUAUGAUUAUAUAGAUCAGAAAUAACGGGUUACAUGUUAUUAUAAAAUACAUGGAAUUUAUGACACUGAUUUGUUCUUAGUACUGAAAAUAUUUGGUAUUAUGCUUAUUUAUUUAUUUCAGAUUAAUAACUGUGUUACACAUGAAAUAUAAUUCAUUUUGGGACUUUAA